AACUUCUACGUUUAGAUAUUUUCAAGAGUAAAAUGGAGUUUGGUUAAGAUUUAUGAUAGAAGUAAUAUUGAAACAUUUGAAAUUACUGAUCGACGAUAAAAGCGAUAAUUUUUCUUUUUGCUCACAGAAAAACAAUCUUCAAAAAUGCCUCGAAUGUAUUGCAUGGGAACGUCGGUUGACAUUCCAGAAAAUGGCAAAAUCUGUCCAAGACUACCGACCAAUAUGGUUCCAAGUGGAACAAAAUGUGAAAUAGUCUGCGACUCCGGAACACCAAGCGUGGAAUUCAUCAAAUGUGAAGUUGAUGGUUGGAGUAUAAAAGAGGUCGGAUGCAGUGUCACAUCUACCGGAUUGAUUGUCGGUCUUCUGGUUGGUGGUUUUAUAGUGGUUUGUAUUCUUGCCUAUUUGUACGCUCGAAUGAAGAUGAAAAAAAAGCAAAAAUUGCAAGGCAAAAAUGCCAAAAAUCAACCAGUUAGCAGGGCUGCAAAAAUUGCUGCAAGAAAUGAUAUGAUGGUAACAGGAGUUGUGACACGCGAUGCAGUAAAGGCCGGUAUAGCUCCACAGCAACCAAGAAAAUCCCAAGGCAAACUGGUCACCGGAUCACCAGAAGGAAAUGAAUAUCGUCAUCCCUCAAGCUCAAGUCAAAAUAUGUCGAGUCCUCCAUCUUAUCAAUCCAAUGAUCUAAAUGAUGAAACUCGCUCUGGCAAAAGUCGAAGAUCGAGAAACUCAAGCACUGAUCAGCAGCCAACACAGCACCAACAUCCUCGCAAGCAUAGAAGUUACUACGAUGAAUAUACUGAAGAAGUGGAUUUGGGGUAUCAUGAAGAUACACCAGCAGCCGUAAUGGACGGACAAUUCCACUCAAUACAAAACACAGGCCCAAUGUACCCUGACUAUUACGGACCUGGCUCUGCACCUCCCCAUCAGCAUGGCUACAGCGCUAUGGACCAUAAUUACUACAGGCAGGAAGUCGGAGCUUACCCUGAUAGGUACCUAGAUACCGGUGUAGAUAAUACGGCAUAUGCCCCCCACCACCAGAAACCGUAUCAUUUACCUGUAUGAUGAUAUGUCCCGGAGAAACAAUCCCAUUUUCGUACUAACAUGGUACAGAAGGCGAUAACUGCUCCCUGGUCUCCAGCGUUUGUUCAUUAGUUGUUGUUCAGCAACCCACAAUAUGCAAUAAAUUCAUCUAUUUCCAAAUUCAAUAGAAUGACCUUAUUAUUUUGUAAAAUACUGAGGUAAUUGUAAGUCAUGUCAUUUUCUAGCAGCACCGUGUUGUAGUCUAUAACUUUGCUGUUUUUUUUUUCUAAUUUUUCGCCUUAUAUAUAUAGACGGCUUAAAUUUGUGUUAAAUUUACUGGAUAAUUGAAUUUCACACGCCUAUAUAUUCUACAGGAAUAUUCCUUAUACAAAGUUUCUAGAAUUCAUUAAUAUGUACAUCGACGAUUUUUUCGAUAUACUAUUUUUGUAAAUACCCAAUAUUUUUGCCAUUUUCUUUCAAAAAUCACAAAUAUGAAUAAAGUUAUCUAAAACAC